AUGAACAACGACAACCAAGAAGAAUUCAUAGAUGACAUCAACUUGUAUUACAAUAAAUUGAUCAACCACAAUCUCAAAAUAAAUCAUUAUGAGGAAUAUUUUCUCGAAGUCAACCCCAUGUUUUACGACAAUGAUCCAUCCAGAUUUCAAACAAUUGAAGAUGAUGUUGUUCCAAAUGUUAAUAUUGAUUCAAAAAUGGAGCUUAAUGGAUUAACUGAAGAUGAUGAAUUAUUUACUGCUGAUGGUUGGGCUAGAAUUGGUGAUAUAAACUUUGCAAGAACUAGAAUAGCAAAAGUCAAUAUGGAACGAAAAUUUUAUACAUUUGGAUUUGCAAAAUCAGUUGAAAUUGGUGAAAGAAAAGAAGUGUUAGUUAGAAGUUAUGGAAGUUUAAUCACUUCAGCAAAUAAAAUUUUAGCAAUUAAAACAUUGAAAACACCAAAAUUUUUGGAAAAUUCUUAUGAUGUCAGAGUUCCACCAACAGAUUCAUUUGAAAAAGUGGGCCAAGCAGGUAAAAGUUUUACGGUUACAGCAUUUCAUUUACCUACUACUGUUUAUUAUGGAGCCGUUCAAACAAGAAGAGAUAAAAUUAAUGCUAUUCUCAACAAAUAUGGAUUUCACUCGGAUUCCUUCAUUUACAUUUUGCAAUUAUUAGCCUUCUGGUUGACAAGUGGUUCAAUUGAUAAACCUAAAGAAAGAGUAGCUAUAACAACUAGUGAUGCUUAUGAAUUUUUGUACAUUUUGCACUUGUUUGAUAAAUUAGGUUUGCGUUAUCAAUACAAGUUCGUUUGUGAAUGUUAUGCAAGUAAUAAAAAUUUAAAGUAUUUUUAUAUUGAAAAGUGUUCUUUUAAAACAUUUAUUUGGGAUUUAUUUUCAAACAAAUAUGGUUUAGCAGGUCAAGGUAAAGUUGAUAAAUACACUCAAGAUUUAGAUUUUUUAUUUCAAUUGACUCAAUAUGAAAUUGCAAAUUUUUUAGAAGGUUUAAGUAUUGAUGGUGAAGAAUCAAAUUGGAUUAACGUUAGUAGUAACGGUCUCAAAAAUUUAUAUAUGAGAUUAUUGUGUUUAGCAGGUCAUGGUACAUAUUAUCGUACGGGUGAUAGAUGUUUUAAAGUUACAUUUUUUGACUGCAAAAACCUCAAGUCAUAUUCUUCAACUGAUCCCUAUAAAAUCUCAACAACAACAGCUUACACCCAAAAAACUAAAGUGUUUUCCAUUGAUAUAGGUAAAUCCUACUUAAUUGUUAGAGGUAAGUUUCAAGGUAAAAAAUCAGGUAUUUCAACUUUAGUUCCAGGUGAAAAUAAUAAUUUGAGUGAUGGUGGUGCAUCCACUUAA